UAAGGCAUAUAUUUUUAAUGGAGAGAGUAAUUAACCAUUGGAACAAUUUACCAGGUACCACAAUUCAGUGUGCAACUGCAGUAAAUGAACACGAAUUUCUUUCUAAAAUGAUCUGCACCUCUGAAAACCUGGCUUUGUAAUGAAGAGAAUUUAAAUGAUCAAGAAUGGACAGAAUUAAAUAAGCAAAUUUUAUCCCGAACUUCAGAUAUAGCUCUAGAAAGACUCCCUGGAGAAUCGUCAAUCUAGCGUUAAACAUUUUUCUCACAGAAGAUGAAAAGGCUUAACUUGUGUAGUGUGAAUAUCUAUUUCAAAGAGUCUUUUCUUAGCAGGUGGAGCUUAUAUUAGCCAUUUAGCUUUCCUAGUGUAGGCAGACUUCAGCAGCUAGUUUUCCAAAAGCCGCAUACAUGUUGUUGCAGAUUUUUAUUACAUAGAAAAAGUAAGGAAAAAUUGAUCAAUCUAAUUUACAUAAUAAAAGGAUUUCAGUUAAAUGGGUUUAAGCAACCAGUUUUAUUAAAGCCAGAAGUAGUAACUGUAUGGAAAAUUCAGUGCAACACUACAGUGAUUCCCCCCACCACACACCAAAAAAAUUAAUUUAUAUCGAUAGAAGUAUUGACUUAAAAAAACCUACUUCACAACCGUAGAUUGUAAAGUUAGUAUUAAUUAAUUUUGCAAAGAAGAACAAAGGUACCCUUGACACAGAACAUUACAGGAAGAGGAGGAGCGGUGCCUUCAUGUAAAUCAGGGUACUUGGACAAGUUUUACCUUCAGAAAGGCCAAGGCUGAAGAAGGCAGAAGUUUUUAAUUCAGUGACGCUGAAUGUGUACAAGGAUGAAUGAUACACAAGUAAAUAGGAGGUCUAUCUGAAUGCAAAAUGUCAUGCUGGUGUGAAAUAUAAUAGUAAAGUACAGUCUUAAUAUAAACCUAGUUUACCUCUGACCUGCAUCUCUCUCAAAACAAGGUGUGGGAAAACAGAAAAAUGGGAACUAAUUCAGACAAAAGUAUUCUGUGUGGCAAUGUGUCACUGGUUCUUUUCAAUCUUUUAGCAUAAGUUCUUAUAAUAAAUGUCUCCUUUUAGCCUAUGUCAAUGUCUUUGUUCUGUAGCACAUCUGCUAUUAGAGUGGAAAUGUGGAGAAACCUACUUGUUUUUUCCAUUUCAACAGAGUAAAAAUCAAGAUGGAAUACUGCUUGGGAAGUAAAUGUAUAUUAACUACACUUGUUGGAAACCUGUGUAUUUGUUCUGUAAAACUAUUUUGAGUGCUGAUAGCAUAGGUAGUGUUUGGCAUGUGUAAUUUGUAGUGUACAAGUUUAUAUAUAAAAUAUUGUUCAACCUUGUGGAGUUCUGAGUAUAUUCUUACAAUUAAGUUUUUUAAUACCUGUGCCUGUUCAUUCCAAAGUAAAAAACUGCUUUUCAGAAGUGUCUUUCUGAGCUCAGAUACUGCUAUCUCUUACCUCCAUGUCCUGGUCUGCUCUUAAACCUUAGGUCAACCUAGCUAUGUCACUUAGGGGUAUUAAGCUGUCCUAAACUCUGUUAUUGAUACCACUAGCUCAAUGGAAGAAUUAUUCUAUCAACCUAAGUAUUGCCUUCCCCAGGGGUGAUUUACCGCAGCGAUAGAAAACUCCCUUCCAGUGCUGUAGCAAGUGUCUACAUUACAUUUCUACAGUGAAGUAGCUGCAUCUGGGCCACUGUAGUGCUUACAGUGUAGACAUACCCUGUGAGAUGUAUAUAUAUUUCAGGCAUAUGCAUAUUGUCCCACUUCAACUAAAUCAGUGUAGAAACAGUUUGUUAUACCCUGCAAGGGUGGAACCAGUUUAGCUGCAUCAGGGCUUGUUAAUGCAGGGAUACUCAGGACCAUAAAGAUGAACUGAAGGUGCAAAGAACAUCAAACCUAUAGGAAUGCUGUCAUUCAAUUCAACCUUAGGAUACGUCUGCACUACAGCAGCAUAGGUAUGCCACUACAAUGCUAUAGUGUAUAUGCCUCCUAGAUCCAUGGAAGUUUUUUUUUUUUUCUGAGAACCACUGAAGUAAAUAAUCCAGGUCUGCAAGAGGGGACAGAGCUUGGUUAAUGGAAGACUCCUUCCACUGUCCUAGACAUGUCUAGGCCAGGGGUUGGUUCAAUCUAACUAUAACAUUUAGAGCACAAAAUUGUUCACACCCCUGAGCGACAUCACUAUGUUAACCUAAAUUUUAGAUGUAGCCCAGGCCUUAGUUUACUUUAUCUGAAUCCCUUCUGAUGGUAUCUUAAGUUAAUGUGAAUGAAGUCCACUUCACUUUUGAAUGGGAGUGUCCACACCAGGGUUUAAUAUGCAUUAACUUCACACUUCUUGUCAUUAAUUCCUCUUACCUGUCACUGAGCGUUAAAGGACAGACAAAGCCUGCGUGCCUGAGCCCCUGUAGCAAGAGCAGCACAAGAGCUGCUGGUGUGGACCGACCUGGAGGUUGCUCUGUGGGCCCUGCUGUCCCCACGGCGCUGGGGCCGACCUGGAGGUUGCCUGCGUGGGGAACUUUGCUCUAGGCCGGCGCUGGUGUGGACCGACCAGGAGGUUGCUCUGUGGGCCCUGCUGUCCCCACGGCGCUGGGGCCUGCUCUACGGGAGCCGGACCAUUCUGCCAGAGGCUCCGUACGGAACGAAGCCCGCACGCACCAUUCGACGGGCGGAAGCUGGCAGACGGGCCUAAGCUUGACACCAACCCAAGGGGCACUAGGACCUGAUAACCAUCUUCCUGAGAGGAGGCGGAGCGCGGUGAAGGGAACGUGGAUGAAUUUGUGUUUCCUCAACCAAGCUUGUGUUUGUUUAAGCUGUGACACUGCCCCAGGCCUCCUGUGCCGGUAGUAGUGGUUAGGGCAGGGGGCGGAGCGCCUCCUUUCUGAUUGGUGGGCGAAGCUGUCGCUCUUUAAUUUUCCACUCCCUCCCGCGGGUACCCCGGACCCAGUGGCCUGCGUGGGGAACUUUGCUCUAGGCCGGGCCGGGAGGGGUAGUGUGGGGGAUGAUGGGAGGUUUCCAAGAUGGCGGCAAGGCGGCUUCAGAGUGAAAGCGGCCUCCUGCAGCGUCUCCUCCAUUCAUUGCAGUAACGAGCGGUGGCGCGGGGACCCCGAAGGCGACAGGGACGGUGUCGCGACGGCCCGGGAGCGGCGAACGGGGAAUCUCCGGGGCCCCAGGAGCGGGCAGUCAGCCCGCUGAGAGGGGAGAGGCUCUAGUCUCCGGGGCGCUUUGAGCGGGGGAGCGGCUCCGGGUCCGGGGGAGCGACUCAGGCGCUGUGAGGAGAGAGGGGGAGUCUGGUCCCCGGGCGCUGCGGUCGACUGGCCCCUGCGGUGCUCGGCGCGGGCUGGGCGGACAUGGCUACCAUGGAGAAACUGAUGAAGGCCUUCGAGUCUCUCCGCUCCUUUCAGCAGCAGCAGGGGCCGGCUGCCAUCCCCGAGGAGCCGCUUCAGAGAGUAAAGAAAGAACUUUCAACUACCAAGAAAGAUCGAGUGAACCACUGCCUGACAAUAUGUGAAAACAUAGUUGCUCAGUCUCUAAGGAAUUCUCCGGAAUUUCAGAAACUGCUGGGUAUUGCUGUGGAACUCUUUCUUCUCUGUAGUGAUGAUGCAGAGUCUGAUGUCAGGAUGGUUGCUGAUGAAUGUCUCAAUAAAGUUAUAAAAGCUUUGAUGGAUUCCAACCUUCCUAGGUUACAGUUAGAACUCUAUAAAGAAAUUAAAAAGAAUGGUGCUUCUCGAAGCCUACGUGCUGCAGUUUGGAGGUUUGCUGAGCUUGCCCAUCUGGUUCGACCUCAGAAGUGCCGGCCAUAUUUAGUCAACCUAUUGCCCUGUCUAACACGAAUAAGUAAGCGGCCUGAAGAAUCGGUACAAGAGACAGUGGCUGCAGCAAUACCAAAAAUCAUGGCAGCAUUUGGCAACUUUGCAAAUGACAAUGAAAUCAAGGUUUUAUUGAAGGCUUUCAUUGCUAAUCUUAAAUCCAGUUCUCCUACCAUCCGUCGAACAGCAGCUGGAUCAGCAGUGAGCAUCUGUCAACACUCACGAAGAGCACAAUAUUUUUAUACCUGGUUACUGAAUGUGCUUUUAGGUUUGUUGGUUCCUGUGGAAGAUGAACAUCCUACUCUUUUAAUUCUUGGAGUACUGCUCACACUAAGGUAUCUAAUACCAUUACUGCAGCAGCAAGUAAAGGAUACCAGUCUGAAAGGCAGUUUUGGUGUAACACGAAAAGAAACAGAGAUUUCACCUUCUCCAGAUCAGCUUAUACAGGUCUAUGAAUUGACUUUGCAUUACACUCAGCACCAGGACCACAAUGUUGUGACUGGAGCUUUAGAACUAUUACAGCAACUUUUUAGAACACCACCGCCUGAUCUUCUUCAUGCCCUGACCACUUCAGGAGGCAUUACACAGGUCAGUGUAUCCAAAGACGAGUCUAUCAGCAGAAGCCGCAGUGGAAGCAUAGUGGAGCUUAUAGCUACGGGGGGGUCUUCAUGCAGCCCUUGUCUGUCAAGAAAACUAAAAGGUAAAGUACUUUUAGGAGAAGAAGAAGGCUUGGAGGAUGACCCUGAAACACGGUCAGAAGUCAGCACUGCAACUUUUGCAGCCUCCAUGAAGAGUGAGAUAACCAGUGAAUUAGCUUCUUCAUCAGGAGUAUCAACAGCUGGAUCAAUAGUAAGUUCUGCAGCUGAUCCCACAGGACAUGACAUCAUCACUGAGCAGCCACGUUCACAACAUGCUUUGCAAUCAGACUCUGUAGACCUGACCAGUUGUGAUUUGGCCAGCACAACUACUGAAGGGGAAGAGGAUGACAUGCUUAGUCGGAGCUCCAGCCAAAUCAGCACUGUCCAGUCAGACCCCACUAUGGACUUGAAUGAUGGCACGCAGGCUUCUUCACCAGUUAGUGAUAGCUCUCAGACUACCACAGAAGGUCCAGAUUCAGCUGUGACCCCUUCGGACAGUUCUGAAAUUGUAAGUGUGCAACGGGCAGAGCGGGUAUCCCAGUCUUCUACUGAGGGGCCCGACAUAUCUCAGAGCUCCUCCAUGGAGGGCCCAGACUUGGACACAUCUACUUAUUCAUCUUCUACUUUCCCGUUCUCAGCUAGUAACACUGAAAAGGUUCUAGAGGGUACUGAAAGCCAGUAUUCUGGAAUGCAGAUUGGACAGCUGCAAGAUGAGGAAGAUGAAGCUGCAAAUGUUCUCCAUGAUGACUCCUCAGAGCCUUUCAGAAAUUCUUCCCUUGCCCUUCAGCAACCACACUUAUUGAAAAACAUGGGCCAUAGCAGGCAGCCUUCUGACAGCAGUGUAGAUAGAUUCAUGGCAAAAGAAGAAGCCGUAGAAUCUGUUGAUCAUGAAAAUAAGCCUUCCAGAAUAAAGGGAGAUAUAGGUCACUACACAGAUGGAAAUUCUGCUCCUCUGGUUCACUGUGUUCGUCUCCUGUCUGCUGCUUUUCUGCUUACUGGGGAGAAAGGUGCUUUAGUUCCCGAUAGGGAGGUGAGGGUCAGUGUAAAAGCAUUGGCAGUAAGUUGUGUUGGAGCAGCUGUUGCCCUUCAUCCUGAAUCUGUCUUCAGCAAACUGUAUAAGACACCUCUUGAAACCAUGGGAGAAGAGUAUGAAGAGCAGUAUGUAUCGGAUGUUUUGAACUAUAUUGAUCAUGGAGAUCCCCAGAUUAGAGGAGCUACUGCCGUUCUCUGUGGAACCAUUGUCUAUUCCAUUCUCAAUAAAUCACGUUUUGAUGUGGAAAACUGGCUAGCAAAUGUCAGAAGUUCAACAGGAAAUCUCUUUUCUCUGGUAGACUGUAUACCUCUUUUGCAGAAAACUCUGAAAGAUGAAUCCUCAGUUACAUGCAAACUGGCUUGUGCGGCUGUGAGGCAUUGCAUCAUGAGCUUGUGCAGUAGCAGUUAUAGUGAACUUGGUUUACAGUUAAUCAUCGACCUCCUUACUCUGAAGAAUAGUUCUUAUUGGCUAGUAAGGACAGAGCUUCUGGAAACUCUUGCUGAGAUAGAUUUCCGGUUAGUCAGCUUUUUGGAAGGAAAAGCAGACAUCUUGCACAGAGGUGUUCAUCAUUAUACUGGGCUAUUAAAACUUCAGGACAGAGUUCUCAACAAUGUUGUAAUCUACCUUCUUGGUGAUGAAGACCCCAGAGUGAGACACAUAGCUGCAGCUUCUUUGAUGAGGCUUGUUCCAAAGCUGUUUUAUAAUUGUGACCAAGGACAGGCUGAUCCAGUAGUGGCCGUGGCAAGAGACCAAAGCAGUGUCUACUUGAAACUCCUAAUGCAUGAGACUCAGCCUCCAUCUCACUUUGCAGUGAGCACUAUCACCAGAACAUACAGGGGUUACAACAUGGUGCAAAGUCCAACGGAUGUCACUAUGGAAAACAACCUUUCUAGGGUUAUCUCAGCCGUUUCCCAGGCAUUAACAACAUCAACUACAAGAGCGCUUACAUUUGGCUGCUGUGAAGCUUUGUGUCUUCUCUCCACAACGUUUCCAGUUUGCACAUGGACUGUAGGAUGGCACUGUGGGUAUGUUUCUUCAUCCAGUAUACAAGCUUCUAGAAUUCAUGUUUACAAAAACAGAGGACACUCAUUCAGUGCUUCCCAGCUGAGUCCUUCGGAGGAAUCUUGGAAGAGCUGUACCAUUGGAAUGGCUGGAAUGGUUUUGUCCCUUCUUUCAACGGCCUGGUUCCCACUGGAUCUUUCGGCACAUCAAGACGCUUUGAUUUUGGCUGGAAACUUGCUUGCAGCAAGUGCCCCCAAAUCUUUGAAAAACCCCUGGACUACUGAAGAAGAUAUGAAUCCAGGUGCUGCUAAACAAGAGGAGCCAUGGCCAGCUUUGGCUGACCGAACUCUUGUUGCUUUGGUAGAACAACUCUUUUCUCAUUUGCUGAAGACCAUUAAUAUUUGUGCUCAUGUGGUGGAUGAUGUUACUCCUGGCCCAGCAAUAAAGGCAACAUUGCCUUCUCUCUCAAACCCACCUUCUCUGAGUCCAAUCCGUCGGAAAGGGAAAGAGAGAGAACCUGUGGAACAAACAUCUGUACCAAUGAGCCCUAAAAAGGGUAGUGAAACUAAUCCAGCUACUAGGCAAACCGAUACGUCAGGGUCUGCUCCAACAAGCAAAUCAUCGUCACUGGGCAGUUUUUAUCAUCUUCCAUCGUAUCUCAAGUUAUAUGAUGUCUUGAAAGCUACCCAUGCUAACUAUAAGGUUACAUUGGAUCUUCAGAACAACAUCGAAAAAUUUGGAGGUUUCCUGCGAUCUGCUCUGGAUGUCCUCUCUCAAAUUUUGGAACUAGCAACUCUUCAAGACAUUGGAAAGUGCGUUGAAGAGAUUUUGGGGUAUUUGAAAUCCUGUUUCAACAGAGAACCAAUGAUGGCAACAGUUUGUGUACAGCAGUUGCUGAAGACUUUAUUUGGCACGAACUUGGCAUCACAAUAUGAUGGCUUAUCUUCAAACCCCAGCAAAUCUCAAGGCAAAGCCCAGCGUUUAGGCUCUUCUAAUUUGAGGCCUGGUCUUUAUCAUUACUGCUUCAUGGCCCCUUAUACACACUUUACACAGGCACUUGCUGAUGCGAGUCUAAGGAACAUGGUACAGGCAGAGCCGGAACAUGAUGCUUCAGGAUGGUUUGAUGUGCUGCAGAAAGUUUCUACGCAACUGAAAACUAGCCUUACAAGUGUAACAAAGCAUCGUGCCGACAAGAAUGCUAUUCACAAUCACAUUCGCUUGUUUGAACCCCUUGUUAUAAAAGCUUUAAAGCAAUAUACUACAACAACGUCGGUACAACUACAGAGGCAGGUUUUAGAUCUCCUAGCACAGCUGGUUCAGCUACGGGUUAACUACUGUCUUCUAGAUUCGGAUCAGGUGUUUAUUGGAUUUGUGCUAAAGCAGUUUGAAUACAUUGAAGUGGGACAGUUCAGGGAAUCCGAGGCAAUUAUCCCUAAUAUCUUUUUCUUCUUGGUAUUAUUGUCUUAUGAGCGAUAUCACUCCAAACAGAUAAUUGGAAUUCCUAAGAUUAUUCAGCUGUGUGAUGGUAUCAUGGCCAGUGGAAGGAAAGCUGUUACACAUGCUAUACCAGCUCUGCAGCCCAUUGUCCAUGACCUCUUUGUACUAAGAGGAACAAAUAAAGCUGAUGCUGGAAAAGAACUGGAAACACAAAAAGAGGUGGUGGUGUCAAUGCUACUAAGACUUAUCCAGUAUCAUCAGGUGCUGGAGAUGUUCAUCCUAGUACUGCAACAGUGCCACAAAGAGAAUGAAGACAAAUGGAAAAGAUUGUCCCGACAGAUAGCAGAUAUAAUUCUCCCAAUGUUAGCAAAACAACAGAUGCAUAUAGAUUCCCAUGAAGCUCUGGGAGUAUUGAACACUUUAUUUGAAAUUUUGGCUCCUUCAUCCCUCCGUCCAGUGGACAUGCUUUUAAGAAGUAUGUUUGUUACUCCCUGUACAAUGGCAUCAGUGAGCACUGUUCAGUUAUGGAUAUCUGGUAUCCUAGCUAUCCUUAGAGUUCUGAUUUCACAAUCAACAGAGGAUAUAGUUCUAUCUCGAAUUCAAGAGCUUUCUUUCUCCCCUUACUUAUUGUCAUGUCAAACAAUUAACAGGCUAAGGGAUGGGGAGAAUAAUGUACCCACACCUGAAGAACAAAUUGAGCUGAAACAGGCUAAAUAUCUGCCUGAAGAGACAUUUUCUAGGUUCUUGUUACAAUUAGUGGGCAUUCUGUUGGAAGACAUUGCUACAAAACAGUUGAAAGUGGACAUGAAUGAACAGCAGCACACUUUCUAUUGCCAAGAGUUGGGCACAUUGCUUAUGUGUUUAAUACAUAUCUUCAAAUCAGGGAUGUUCAGAAGAAUCACAGCUGCUGCCAGCAGGCUUUUUACAGGAGAUGGAUCUGAUGGUAGUUUUUAUACCCUUGAGAGUCUGAGUGGUCUUGUUCAGUUCAUGAUUCGCACACACCCUUCUUUAGUGCUCCUCUGGUGUCAAAUCCUACUUCUUGUCAAUUACACUAACUACAGCUGGUGGUCGGAGCUGCAUCAAACACCAAAGAGGCACAGUCUUUCCAGUACUAAAUUGCUGAGCCCUCAGAUAUCCGGAGACAGUGAUGAAUUUGAUUCGGAAUCCAAAUUUGGCAUGUGCAAUCGAGAGAUAGUACGAAGAGGAGCACUCAUUCUUUUUUGUGACUAUGUUUGUCAAAACCUACAUGAUUCAGAACACUUGACAUGGCUUAUAGUGAAUCAUGUUCAAGAUCUGAUUAAUCUGUCUCAUGAGCCUCCUGUACAAGACUUUAUUAGUGCUGUUCAUAGGAAUUCAGCAGCCAGUGGUCUCUUCAUCCAGGCUAUUCAGUCUCGGUGUGAGAACCUUGCAACUCCAACAACACUAAAGAAGACCCUGCAAUGCUUAGAGGGCAUUCAUCUCAGCCAGUCUGGUGCUGUGUUAAUGCUGUAUGUGGAUAAACUUUUGUGCACUCCAUUCCGUGUGCUGGCUCGCAUGGUUGACACACUUGCUUGUCGUCGAGUAGAAAUGCUUUUGGCUGCAACUUUACAGAACAGCGUUUCUCAGUUACCAGUUGAAGAACUGGAUAGAAUUCAGGAAUAUCUUCAAAACAGUGGAUUAGCACCAAGACACCAAAGACUUUACUCGCUAUUGGACAGGUUUCGCCUUACAGUAGCCCCAGAAACAGCUGGCCCUUCACCUUUGGUUACUUCACACCCAUUGGAUGGGGAAAACCAACCAGCCUUAGAGAAUGUAAUUCCAGACAAAGACUGGUAUGUAUCACUAGUCAGAUCACAGUGCUGGGUCAGGUCAGACUCUGCACUGCUGGAAGGUGCAGAGCUGGUGAAUAGGAUACCUCAGCAUGAACUAAACUCCUUCAUGACCAGUAAGGAGUUCAACUUAAGCUUGUUAGCUCCCUGUUUAAGUCUUGGCAUGAACAAAAUCUCAGAAGACCAAAAGAGCAGCCUCUUUGAAACUGCCUGUAGGGUAACCCUCGACCACGUGUGUAACAUUGUUCAAAAAUUUCCUGCCAGACAUCAAGUUUUUCAGCCAUUGCGGCCUGUUGAGACUUCAGCCUAUUGGAGCAAGCUAAGCGAUAUUUUUGGAGACACGAUGCUGUAUCAGACUGUGAUGAAACUCUCUCGUGCACUGGCUCAGUAUUUGUUGUUACUCUCUAAAUUACCAGCAUCUCUCUCCAUUCCUCCUGACAAAGAGAGUGACAUCCUGAAGUUUGUAGUAAUGUCAUUAGAGGCACUGUCAUGGCAUUUAAUACAUGAACAGAUUCCUCUAAGUAUAGAUCUUCAAGCUUCUUUGGAAUGCUGCUGCCUAACAUUACAGCAACCUGGUCUCUGGAAUUUGUUGGCUUCUGCAGUGUAUGUGACACAGGCUUGCUCCCUAAUUAAUUGUGUCAGAUUUAUAAUAGAGGCAGUUGCAAUUGAACCUGGAAACCAGCUUCUUAGUCCAGAAAGAAAGAAGAAUACUUCAAAAGGGGUCAGUGAGGAUGAAGUUGAUUCAAAUGCUCAAAAAGCAAAAUAUAUUACAACAGCUUGUGAAAUGGUGGCUGAAAUGGUGGAGUGUUUACAGACUGUCUUGACGUUGGGACAUAAGAGAAACAACAGUAUCCCAGCAUUUCUCACUCCUGUCCUUAAGAACAUAAUCAUCAGCUUGGGUAGACUGCCUCUAGUAAACAGCUACACAAGAGUACCUCCCUUGGUCUGGAAACUAGGCUGGUCACCAAAACCUGCAGGUGAUUUUGGCACAGCUUUUCCAGAAAUUCCUGUAGAAUUUCUUCAAGAAAAAGAAAUCUUUAAAGAGUUCAUCUAUCGCAUUAAUACAUUAGGGUGGACUAGCCGUACCCAGUUUGAAGAAACCUGGGCUACUCUCCUUGGUGUGCUUGUAACUCAACCAAUUGUAAUGGACCAAGAAGAAAGUCAACAAGAGGAAGACACAGAGAGGACCCAAAUUAAUGUUCUUGCAGUACAAGCCAUAACCUCUUUGGUGCUGAGUGCAAUGACAAUACCAGUUGCAGGCAAUCCAGCAAUUAGCUGCUUAGAACAGCAGCCCCGCAAUAAAGCUUUAAAAGUUCUGGAUACAAGGUUUGGGAGGAAGUUAAGUGUUAUCAGAGGAAUUGUGGAACAAGAAAUCCAAGCAAUGAUAUCUAAGAGAGAUAAUAUUGCCACUCACCAUUUUUAUCAAGCAUGGGACCCUGUUCCAUCACUUUCUCCUGCUACCACAGGUGGUCUUAUCAGCCAUGAAAAGCUUUUACUGCAGAUCAAUACUGAGCGAGAAAUGGGAAACAUGGGCUAUAAACUAGGACAGGUUUCUAUACACUCCGUGUGGCUAGGAAAUAACAUCACUCCAUUGAGAGAAGAGGAGUGGGAUGAAGAUGAAGAAGAUGAGAGUGAUAUGCCUGCUCCUUCUUCACCACCAACCUCUCCUAUUAACUCCAGGAAACACCGGGCUGGGGUUGAUAUACAUUCUUGUUCUCAGUUCUUGCUUGAACUGUACAGUCAAUGGAUAUUGCCAUCAAAUCCUAGCAAGAGAACGCCAGUCAUUCUGAUUAGUGAAGUGGUGCGAUCAGUAAGUCUAAAAAAUAAAUUCUGUGCCAUAAUUGAGUGCAAUUUCAUGGUAUGUUUGAGUUUACAGAGAGUUUAUAAA